UCCUCUCAAAAACUCUCUCUCUCUCUCUCUCUCUCUCUGCUUGUGUGUUCUUCUUCUUACUCUCACGUCCAUAACGUUAAUACGGUGCCGUCUGUUAUGGAUAAGCAUCUCAGGACGAAGCAGUCCAAGACCAACCCCAUUGUUGCUUCUUCUUCGUCUGAAGAAGUGAGUAGUCUUGAGUGGGAAGCUGUAAACAUGAAUCAAGAAGAAGAAGAUUUGGUCUGUAGAAUGCAUAAGCUUGUUGGUGACAGGUGGGAACUGAUAGCUGGGAGGAUCCCAGGAAGAACGGCUGAAGAAAUUGAGAGGUUUUGGGUCAUGAAGAAUAGUAAUUGAAUUUCUCUCAAGUUUCACUGAUUAGUUAAAUUAUAUUUUAAAUUUACCAACUCUGUAAUAAGAAGAUUUCUCAAAAUAAUUAACAAAAUCCUUAUAACAUUUUUCUCUAUAGGCUUAUAAUAUUUGGGCCUUCCAGGAGAAGAAAGAAACAUAGUUGGACUUCUUCUAAGAACAAAAGACCUAGCGUGAUGCAUAGGCCCAAAGUGAAAAUUUACUACUAAUACAAAAAAAUGUUGAUUAUAUAGGAAGUAAAAUUACUAUUCACUAGGUAUUUACCCGCGCUACGCUGCAAAAUAUUUUUCUAAAUUUUAUAUAUAUUUUUAAUAUAAUAAAAUUAUUUUUGUAAUGUAAAUGAGUAUUUUUUAUUUUUUAGUAGCUUAAGUUAUAUAUUUAUAUAUUU